AUGUCUUUUCGGUACAUUUACGCAGAUCUGGAUGCUUUGAACCAGGACGUGUGCAAGUACAUGCGCGCGCACUCGAAGGAUUUCUCCGACGCUGAACUGACCAAGCAUUUCCCUAUCAGUGCGCACAAACUGACCACACCCAAAAGCGCGUCCCAGUAUCGAACACUUGGCCAUCUGCCCAAGCCCAAGCGGAAUCCCGAAAAUACCGAGACGCUGGUGCUAGUUGCGGGAAAGUUAGCGGGCUCAGUACUUCUUGGAGUGGAUAAAUAUUUCGAAGCUGGGUGGAGGGUCCACUGCUAUUGCUUUCGAGAUAGAGACUCCAAGGUGUUUGAUCGACUGAUGUUGGAACAUCCAACACAGUUCAAGUGUUUCUACUUGAAUACUUCGGUUAGAAACCUGAUAAAGGAGAUUUCAGGAGACUACGAGAUGAUUAUUCCGAUGAAGUACAAAAUAUCAGAUUUGUACGAGUACAUUCACGAGCUGCAGGUGAAAGUUUUAGAAAUGGAAACUGAUUCGGAAGCUCAGCGUACAAAGCAACACGAUACUCUGCACUCGAAGCUUCAACGACAACAAGAAGCUUUUGCAUAUCAACUCAGUAAACAUGACGAGGAGUUCCAGAAACAUUUAAAAGAAUACCAGAAAACUGCAACAAUUCAUCGUAAACAACAUGAACAAGUAAUCGAGGAACGAGUCAAGAGUUGUACAAAUGAAGUGGAGAGUGCGUUGUCUAACCUCGGAGAGUUGUCGGAGCGGGUUAAACAAGACGUUGAAGAGUAUCAAAGAGCUCGACUCGAUGAGGAACUUGCACACUGGCGACGAGACAAUGUCACGAACAGUAAUGGUCAAGGCACACUAGAUCAGUCAUCGCUGUUGGAUGCAAUCGACUUUGUAUUCAAAGAAAAUGGAGUUCCCUCUGGUAUCAAGAACUGGAAAGCUGCUGUUAUGGUACUGGUGCUUCACAAGAUAACGGCGUGGCUCUCCUCUGCCAGCUUUGGGGCGGAUGUGGUCGGUGUGCUCACAGCGUCACUCGCUGUUGUUAUCAUAGCAUUGUGCUUCGCAGAUACCUAA